AUGGCACCAGUGAUUCAACACCGAGGCUUGAAUGCCACAUUCACAGGAACUGAAUGCAAAGAUCAGAUUGAGCCUAUUCAUCAAUUCUUGGGCAUUAAAUAUGCCAGUGUUCCGGCAAGAUUUGAAAAGGCAAAGCCUGUCGUGGACUUUGAGGGAGGUGUUGUCGAUGCCACGAAAUAUGGACCGAGAUGCCCCCAAGCUGAUGUAGACGUCCGCCAUCUGCUCCGCAUCCCAGAGGACUUCGCUAUUGCCCCAGAAGUAGAGAACGAAUUUGAAUGUCUGAACCUGGAGAUAACAUGCCCGCCCAAGGAAUCUACCACAGGGCCUCUGCCUGUUCUUAUCUGGAUUCAUGGUGGUUCUCAGAUUGUCACAUUCUGUUCUGCCGCCUCAAAGAUCUGUGACCCGACCAAGAUUGUCGCGGACUCGAUCAACGCCGGAAAACCGGUCAUCUUUGUCUCAAUCAAUUACCGCUUGAACAUAUUCAGCUUUGGAGAUGGUAGAGAGAAGAAUUUGGCGCUGAAAGAUCAGCGGCUGGGUAUUGAAUGGGUGCGACAGAAUAUUGCGGAGUUUGGGGGUGAUCCCCAAAACAUCACUCUAUCAGGUGAAAGCGCUGGUGCAAUCUAUACUCACGCUCACCUAAUCACCGGCCCUCCUGUGAAACGGGCAGUCAUGGCAUCCGGAACGCUUUACCUGUCCUCGCCAUUGCCAGUGGAAAAAGGUGAUGGUCUGAUCAAGGCACUCGAAGCAAAAGUCCGAGAACUUGGUCAGCCAUCAUUGCGACGAUCAUCGGUCCCUGUGCUGGUCCAAGCAUUGAAGGAGUGCAAUGUGAACACCAUGUGGAUCCAAGAAGAGCCUGAAUUAGAAGGAUGGGAAACUCGGCCAGAGCAGGUCGAGGAAGUAAUGAUCGGUGAUACCGAGUACGAGUCUGUUAUUUGGCGUAAUGGUGUCGAACUCUUUGAUGGAAAAACAAUCGCUGCGGCAUUCGACAAUGAGAAGACAUGGGGCACCCAACUUCGGAAGAUGUAUCAAGUCGUAGCCGAUCGCCCGACAGCUGCAAAAUUGGGUGCUCUGGAUCUCGUGAACGAUGCUCGGUAUACCCUCCCCGUCGAGGUCAUUGCCAACAAGCUACAGAACGCCAACAGACGCGUGUUCAAAUAUGUCGUUGACCAGCCUAAUCCCUGGCAGCCGUCCAGUCGUGCGCAUCACGCGGUUGAUCUACUGUUCCUUUUCGAUGGAGUCGAUCUAUCGUUUAAUCCUGCGGCCAGUUCUGUCGGGAAGGAAAUGCGACAGCGCUGGAUUCGGUUUGUCAAUGGGGAUGGACCAUGGUCUGAUGACCGGAGAUUUGCCUUUGGGCCUGUGGGAAAAUGCAAGGAAAUUGAUGAGACACAGUAUGCCGCUCGCAGGCGCGUUGAGCACUGUAAGGUGCUGAAAGAGGCUGGGGCUGACGCGUAUAUGCCUAUCGUAUUUGCUUUGACAGCAGGUCGAAUCAGUUUGUUGAAUUAG